CUCUCCUUCCCGCAAGUACACAGCGCCCACGCAGAACCAGCGUCUCCGCCCGGGCCCACUCGUCAGCCUCACUGACACACCCACUACCCACUACCCACACCGUCGCACAGGCCUCCCUAGACCCCUCCUCUCUCUCGCCAAUUUCGCAUGCACCGGCAGCGGCGGCCGUCUCCAGGAUCAAGAACCCCAAAUUUUUUCCCCUCCUCUUUUCUCCCCGCCGGUUCUUCUUGCCGUCGCCGCUCACCCGAGAAGAAGGGAGGGCUCUUGCUGCCGCUUCGUCCUUGCAUUUGUGUGAGAGCGCUUGUGAGCGGGGGAGGCCAUGGCGGAUCCGGACGCCGACGAGAGCCCGGACUUGUGGCAGCUCUUCUGCCACUACGACCGGCUCUACUUCCGCGGCGAGCUCGACGCCGCCGCCUUCGCCGUCGAGUGGGCCUACCCGCGCAUGAGGACGACCACUUGUUUCGGAUCCUGUUCCUUUGGAGACCUGAGCAAAAUAAUACUCUAUGAGCCAAUGCUGCAAUGGCGCACAAAUGCUGAUAUGAAGAAUGCCCUGCUGCAUCUGAUGAUUCAUGCAAUCAUAUUUGUAAAGCAUGGUAUGAAGAACCUCGGCCAUGGUCCUGUUUUCCGUGAUUGGAUGGAUGCUAUCAACACUUGCACUGCUGAGGAUCUCAUGAGACCGACGGGUGGCUACCGUAUCACCACUACCCAUGAUUUCAGUGAGGAAAAAUCCUGCAACAUCCAGGGGAUUCCAUGGAAGUGUGAAUGGUGUGGCGUUACACUUCUGAGGGCAACGAAUUUGGGACCUCCAUCUGAUUCCUGCUGUAUCGAGAAUGUUAGCGAAGAUGCAACCUGUGGCAACAUGCUUUGCCAGUGGCACAACCACAAGAUGGAUUGUGGUGGUACAUAUGUGGUAACCAAACCACGAGGGCAAAGGAUGGUCCGAAAAGGUGGAGAGUUGCUUCUUCGGACUGGAACAACUGAAAUGACCAAGUCACAAGGAGCUGUACAACAAUCAGAUUCAGAUGAAGUGCAGAAAGCAAUUGUUUUGUCUGCAGCCCCUCGCAGUCGGAGAAGAUUGAAGCCGAAGCAAGAGUUUGUUGCAUGGGAGAAUAUUGAACUUUUGUCUAUGGGGAGUCGCAGUAAUGCAAAAUCAGUGGGUAGUAGCUCCUCAAAGAAGGCAGAGGAUGUCCUUUCGAGCCAACUGAAACGGAAGCAAACAUCUGUUACAUCAGAGAAGCAUGGGUUUCUCUCACUAGGGAGUUGCGACAAUGCAAAAUCGUCGGGAAGUAACACCUCCAGGAAGGCAGGAAAGUUCCAUGAGCCAGAUGAUGUUAAGCCUUAUGCAUCCCAGAAAAAAUUGAAGCUAGUGCAGGACUUGGCCGCAUCGGAGGAAUAUGGAGCUUUCUCUCUAGGGACUUGCAACAGUGCAAAACCACCACGAAGCAGCACAUCCAGGAAUGCAGAGAAGUGGUGCAAGUCCGAGGGUGUUGAGAAAUCCACUGUCCCAUGGCCUGCUGCGCCCCCUCAGAAAAUGAAGCUUGAGCAAGACUCUUCCCUUUACUCCAUAGGGCCUUUUCCUCAGUUGCAGGGUUUUGUUACAUUCCAGAAACAUGGGGUUGCAAAACCAUCAAAAAGUAUCACCCCAGACAGAGUAGGCAAGCUGCAUAAGCCGGAUGGUGUUGAGAACUCCGGUGUCCCGCCUUCCACGCCCCUAAAAAAACUGAAGCUAGAGAAGGACCCAGUUGCAUCCGAGAAACAUGGGGUGGCAACAUCAAGAAGCCUACCUGCUGCACCUCUCACAAAGCUGAAGCCAGACUUGGUUGCAUCGGAGAAGAGUUUUGGUUGCGGCAAUGCAAAAGUACCGGACAACAUCUCCUCACAGAUGGCACACAAGAAACUUGAGCAUGGAGGGGCUCAGAAGCACAUUUCUCUGCAUGCUGCCCCUCAAACUAUGCUGAAGCAACCGAACAAAACCAGCUCCACAGUGAAGGCACCAAAGCAACAUAAGUUUGAAGACUUUCGGAAAGCAACUGUUCAGCCUGCCGCCCCUCAGAGUAAACUGAAGCAACCAAACCGUGCUGCGUCGGAGAGGCAAAAGACAAGGAGCAAAACCAAGAGUUGUGCUGGGAAAAAAGAAUAUGUUUGCUUUAGUCUGUGGCAGAACUUCUAUGAACCGGAAUGCUCGAGUGGAUCGGACGAGCCGCUUGUAAACAAGAGAAGUGUGCGGAGAAAAAGAGAGAGGGAACGUGCGAUUCAGAUCACAUAUUCACGGUCAAGGAAGCGAGGCACCAGUGGGAUCAGCUCCAUCAAGGCCAAACUGGAUGAGGAAAUCUCAUCUGGACACUUGGAGGUCAUUGUUAUCGAUGAUGAGGUGAUGACUGAAGCCCCUGGAGAACAGUGCAAGGCACCAGCUCCAUGCAUGAACGUUCCUGUCGUCCCGCCGACUGAUCAGGUGACGGCUGAAGCCCCUAGAGGUCAGUCCAAGCCACCAGUUCCAUCCAAGGACGUUCCUGCUGUCCCUCCCGCUGAUCAGGUGACGGCUGAAGCCCCUAGAGGUAUGUCCAAGACACCAGCUCCAUCCAAGGACGUUCCUGCUGUCUCUCCCGCUGAUCAGGUGAUGACUGAAGCCCCUAGAGGUAUGUCCAAGACACCAACUCCAUCCAAGGACGUUCCUGCUGUCCCUCCCACUGAUCAGGUGAUGACUGAAGCCCCUAGAGAGGCAUGUCGAAGACACCAGCUCCAUCCAAGGACGUUCCUGCUGUCCCUCCCACUGAUCAGGUGAUGACUGAAACCCCUAGAGGCCAGUCCCAGCCAGCAGCACAGCGCAUGGACACUGCCGUCCCUCCUGCGGACCACGGAGAUCGGUCCGAUCCAUCUACGAUCAUGGACAUUGCUGCUGUGCCUCCAGCUAUGACCCAAGCCCCUAUGGAUCAGUCACAGCCACCAGCUCCUUGCUCCAUCGCCGCUGAUCAGGUGGUUCCACCUCGUUCGGCCGACCUGCCCGGUUUACCUCCUUCAAAUCCAAGCAGUUGGGCUGGCGUGAUAGACAUUUCUGAUGAUGAUGACGACGACGACGACGAAUGAACUCCUUUUCCGUCACUCUAUAUAUACUCUGCUUAUUCUGGAUUAAACUGCUGAUCAGUGGUUACCAUAGAUAGGUACUAGUAACUUAUCAACUGGCGUUUCAUUAAAUUCUGCUGUGGAGGCAUAGAGCUCUGAUCUGAACGGCGAAACAUCCUCCUAUAGAUGUCUUUCUGUAAUAUUUUGCGAGACGGUGGCUUGGGCAUGGCGAACUGAAGCAUGGAGUUAGCUGCACUGUAAUGCUGAAGCAUGCGCUGUAAUUUUUUGUGAGACGGUGGCCUGGGCAUGGUGAACUGAAGCAUGGAGGUAGUUGAGACUCGUUGUACUCGCUGGAUCAUUUGCGCCAUGUCGUCUAUCAUUCUUCUUGCUUCGAGAAAAUCUCUGUCUAAUACUGUGUGGUAAA